GCGAGGCUGUGUCGCGUGGCCUAGCGUCGGCGUGACGGUUGGACGCGGGCGCGGCACUGCGGGUCCCGAUUGCUGCAGCCGCUUGUCAGUGUGAUGAAGAUUGGCACCCAGGCCACAAGACCUGCUCCUCACCAUCUGCCCUGUUUUGGGACAUGUGGCUCUGCUCUGCCUGUUGCUCAGACACCAUUUGCUUUUGACUCAAGAUGAUUUGAUGUUUUAUGAUAAAAGUCAUUAACCAUGAUGGCUACACAGACACUGAGCAUAGACAGCUAUCAAGAUGGCCAGCAAAUGCAAGUAGUAACAGAGUUAAAAACAGAGCAAGACGCCAUCUGCUCUGACCCUGAUGUGGAAGGAGUGAGCCCUCCCCCUGUGGGGUCCCAGACACCGAUGGAUGCGGACAAGCAGGCCAUUUAUAGGCAUCCACUAUUUCCAUUAUUAGCUUUGUUAUUUGAAAAAUGUGAACAGUCUACACAGGGCUCAGAAGGUACAACUUCUGCCAGUUUUGAUGUGGAUAUUGAAAAUUUUGUAAGGAAGCAAGAGAAGGAAGGAAAACCCUUCUUUUGUGAAGAUCCAGAAACUGACAAUUUAAUGGUAAAAGCAAUCCAGGUUCUGCGUAUUCAUCUUCUUGAACUGGAAAAGGUUAAUGAACUCUGCAAAGAUUUCUGCAGUCGAUAUAUUGCUUGUCUAAAAACGAAAAUGAACAGUGAAACUCUCCUGAGUGGAGAACCCGGAAGCCCAUACUCCCCUGCCCAGUCCCAGCAAAUUCAAAGUGCGAUCACAGGUACCCUCAGCCCUCAAGGCAUCGUGGUGCCUGCUUCCGCGCUGCAGCAGGGGAAUGUAACCAUGGCAACGGUGGCAGGUGGCACAGUUUAUCAGCCUGUCACCGUCGUUACUCCCCAGGGCCAAGUGGUGACGCAGGCGUUGUCUCCUGGGACGAUCAGGAUCCAGAACUCCCAGCUUCAGUUACAGUUAAACCAAGAUCUAAGCAUCUUGCAUCAAGAUGAUGGCUCAUCUAAGAAUAAAAGGGGUGUUCUGCCGAAGCACGCUACCAAUGUGAUGAGAUCUUGGCUCUUUCAGCACAUAGGGCAUCCCUACCCCACAGAAGAUGAGAAAAAACAGAUUGCUGCCCAGACAAACCUGACACUACUCCAGGUCAACAACUGGUUCAUCAAUGCCAGAAGACGGAUUCUUCAACCGAUGUUGGAUUCUAGUUGUUCAGAAACUCCAAAAACAAAGAAAAAAACUGCCCAGAACAGGCCAGUUCAGAGAUUUUGGCCCGACUCCAUUGCAUCUGGAGCUGCCCCACCAGCACCAAGUGAGCUCACCAUGUCGGAAGGAGCUGUUGUGACCAUCACCACACCUGUGAGCAUGAAUGUGGACAGCCUGCAGUCUCUGUCCUCAGACGGGGCCACCCUCGCAGUGCAGCAGGUCAUGAUGGCGGAGCAGAGCGAGGAUGAGUCUGUGGACAGCACGGGGGACGGUGGGGCUGCGCUCGCCCCCACCCACAUCAGCGGGCUGGUCCUGGAGAACAGUGAUUCCCUGCAGUAGGGGCUCGAGCUCGCCAGGACCCAGGGUCCAGCUGGCCUGACUUUGUACAGUUUGCACAGCAAACGUUUUACACAGUUUUAUUUCUGUCUGUUUUAUAUGUAGAUAUAGAGGAGUGCACUUUUGUAUUUCACAGUAAGCUUCAAGGGCGCCUUUGCGCAGCAGCCUCUUCCAAGUGUGUGUGUGUGUGUGUGUGUGUGCGCGUGUGUGUGUGUAUGUGCACGUGCGUGUGGUUUUUAAGGAAAUUCUUUAAAGGUUUAACGCUAAAAAUAUGAUGAAUGAUAAACACCCCCAUGAGCCCCUAAUUUGAUUAAGGAAUAGUGCUGCCGUUUCUAAAAAAUUGUGCGGUUUUAAUUUAGUUCUGUGGUUCAGGCAGGUCUCAGUGGGCUGACUUAUUGUGCAGCCCAUGAAGAUUUGGAAGAAGCUUCUGCACCUUAACCCCACCAGUGCGAGGUGGACAAUGGCACAUGGUGUGCCAAGCAUGGCGUGGUGGUGGGUGUACGGCAAUUACAGUGUGCUUCUCUCUCUCACAUUUAGUGAGCCUGUUUUAUGUGCUAUACAGAAAAGAAACUCCUAUUUUUACCUUGCUGGAAUUAUUGGAUAAAAAGCUAUUUUUAUAAAUUCGUUAUGAAUUGGAUUAUGACUAUAUUGGGGAUAAAAUUUCUAGAGGAGAAACAAUACAUGCUUACUAUUUCAAUUUGGAAUAUUCUGAAUUGACCAAAUUUAAUGAACCUGCCCGAAGUUAGCUAGCAUUCCAUGGUUCUCUGCUAUCCCAGGAUAAUAAUUUACAUUUACUACUAUAAAAGUCACAACUAUUUAAUGAAAUUUUGAUAUCUUCAAAUUUUAGAAUAUGUAAAAGUGCUCAGAUUGCGAUUUACACUUGAUGUAAACAUAUACCUAAAGGUAUUUGCUAACUAGGACUUAGAUAAGUAAGUGAAAUGGUUGCCAGUAGUCAGUUAAAAGCUCUAACCGUACACAUUUCAGUCUAACUUAAAUUUGACUGCAGUUAAAUGGUUACUAUACCAUGUUAGCUGUGUAUUGUUUUAGAAUAUAUCAGUCAUAUGUCAUGCACAGAAUGUUUAUUAUAAAUUGAUAUAAAAUGUCCUCUGUCCUCUAGCUCAGAGCCGCUGAGCGCUGAGCAUGGUUAUGCAAUGAGCAGGUGUUGACUGACAAAGGGGGCCUGCAGUGAGGCAGGAGGGCCGGCAGCUGCCUGCCUCUGGCUCGCGCACUUCCGCCUGGCCCCAGCCUCGGGGUUGUUCCUUACACUUUGCUGCUUUGGAAAUCCCGGAGCCCUCCCCUCUGACUUGAUCAUAUGAGAUCUGGGAUAAUUUUAGGACUUCUGUUUCCUGGUGAUAAGACAAACCAAAAGAGCAGACUGGGGUUUACUUUGGUUUUGAUUUGUUUUCUUGGCAGUGGAGCUCUUCUUCAGAGAGAAAACAGGCCACCUAUUCCAUAGAAGCUUUAUAUGAUCCUAAUUAGGAUGCCCAACGUUCAGCAUGUUUCUAAAGGAUAAUUGUAUGGUCAGGAAGACCAUCUGUUCUUGAGAUUCAGUGAUAGUAGUUGGUUUUGGACGAAGGUUACAUUGAGGGAUAUUUUGAGCUCAUACAGAUUUUUUUCUGGAACUGACUUUUCCCCAAAAAAUGUAGUACUUAAAGUCAAUCAUAGGAAAGUACUUCCUAGAUAAGUUACAAUAGUCAAGAAAUACAGAGAAAUUCUUUAAAGUGUUUCAGGAGUUUUAAAAGUAAAACUUGACUAUCAGUUCUUUUGGGGAGAGAGUAAUAUUUUUAUGCAGCUACUGCAUUCCUUAUUUAUAAACAGUUUUUAAUAUUUUAAGUCAAGUCCACACAAUUCUAAAAGAUUACUUUAUUCAGUUCUGACUGUUGGACUUGUUAAACCCGGACCUGUGGAAAGCAGCCAGCCUCUUCCUUCUCUCCUGCCUGUGCCCCUGUCCCUUUCAGCCAUCUGCUCUUUAGGCCAGUGGAAACAUUCGGAGUGUGGACUUGCAUCCGGGUCACCGUCUCCUCCCCCACGGAAAGUCAUGUUCACUAGCACAGGAGAUUUGCAGUUGAGGGCAGCACAGGCCAUGUCAGUGGGUGCCCCCAUCCAUGCCAGCCUGAGAUUCAGCCUCCGUGCCUGUGUCAGGGGUACACUCCCUCCAGCUGAAGACAGUUUUCUAAGCCCUAGAUUCUUACUACCUUCAGUGGUCUAGGAUAAAAUCCAGAGAGGGGCUCUUAUGACAUAACCUGAGGCUCCUUCAGCCUCUUCCCGUAAAUAACGAAGGUGCUUUUAAACACCCUGACAAGGCGAGCUGAGCUCGCUCAUCUCACGCUGCCCAGCAUGGCUGCUGUCGGUUUAUGCCCUAUAAACACCUGUUUCCCAGCCCUGGGACCUUCAAGAGAAUCUGUGAACACAUGGCCCAUGGAGCUUUCCUUUUCAGUGAGCAGAUUCAGUCCUGACUUUGCUCUUGUUAAACUCUUUCCUUAUGAAGGAUGCUUUGAAUGUGUUCAGAGACCCAAAUUAAGCAUGUUGUUUUCCCUACUACUCAGCUGUUGAGCAGAUAGCUGGACUGGCUUUGCCCUGCCCCAGACAAGCUCCAGCUGAUAGACUAGCUCCACCUUCAGUUUUUUGAUCCCAGAUAGUGAAAUAGGUCUUCAUCCAGUAUGUAAAGUGGGUGGUGGCACCCCUUGCUCGCAGACCACAGAGCAAUGUUGCCAACACCCACCUUAUACCUAAGAGCUCCACGAGUCGUUUCUGUGUGACCUCUCAGGAGGUCUGACUUUUACCUAUGUGAAAAGGCUUUGGAGCACUUUUUUCUGAAGAUAAAUUCAAACAUAACCUGAAAGGUGUGAAAGGCCCGCCUCUGGCAGUUAGUGACAGAAAUCACUCAGCAAUCUUCCUCUGUUUAGUUAUGGUUUGCCUAUGAACUGACAAUCUUUAAAAUGUGAAUACUGUAAUAAUAUGUUUUCUUGGAUUGUUGUCUUUAAAAGGGAUCUUUGUGAAGCAAUUGAUUUAUCAAAGCAAGAACAUUAAAAAUAGAAACAUA